AUGGAAGUUUUAACACUGAAUAGUAACAAUUUGAGUACAAUGGGACAGCUUGGACCAAUGUCCAAUCUUCGCGUCCUGAGGUUGGCGGAAAAUCCAUGGCUUUGUGAUUGUCGUUUACGAUGGAUGAAAAAGAUCAUUUCUAAUUCACAUUCACUGGCUCUAAAUACACGAUGCCACCGGCCAGCACAUUUGUAUUCUCGUAUGUUGGAAAAUAUCGAUGAAACGUUAAUGAAAUGCUCUGGGAUUGAGAAGCGUGCAGCCACUUCAUGUCGUGAUGCUUCAAUAUGUCCGUCUGUUUGCACCUGCACCGAAACGACGAUCGAUUGUCGGGAUCGUGGUUUAACACAUAUCCCAGCUAAUCUGCCUCCAACAACCACUGAGCUAAGGCUUGAACAAAAUCAAAUAACCUAUGUACCUCCUCGAGCAUUCUAUAAUCUUCAUCAACUCAAACGACUUGAUCUCAGUAAAAACAAUAUUGGAGACAUCGGCCCGCGAGCAUUUGAUGGUUUGAAGUCACUAAACUCUCUUGUGUUGUAUGGAAAUAAUAUAAGUAAUUUACCGUCGGAAGCGUUCCAUGGGCUUGCUAACCUUCAGUUAUUGCUUUUGAAUGCCAACAAGCUGAUAUGUCUUCGAAAAGAUACUUUUUCAAGCCUAACAAACCUAAAUUUGCUAUCUUUAUAUGAUAAUCAAAUUCAUUCGAUUGCUAAUGGAACCUUCGAUGGGUUGACCAACUUAACGACACUUCAUUUAGCCCGCAAUCCAAUUAUUUGUGAUUGCAAUCUCGAAUGGCUUGCUCAUUUAUUAGCCAAGAAAGCUGUGGAAACUAGCAGUGCACGUUGUGAUUCACCAAAACGAGUAGCUCACCGACGUAUAUCUACAUUACAUCACUCGAAAUAUCGAUGUAAAGGGUCUGAGGCAUAUGUAACAGCUAACGCAGGUCGCUGCAUCAUCGACCAUCCAUGUCCGGUUGGCUGCUCAUGUUUGAAUACGUUCGUUGAUUGCAGUAAUCGAGGCUGGACUGAUUUUCCACGUAAACUACCUCGAUAUACCACCGAAUUACGUAUGUCCAACAAUAAAAUAACUGCCAUUCGUCUUUCAACUAAUCUGCAUUUCGAAAAUUUAACCACACUGCUGCUGGAUGGUAACGAAAUCGAAUUCAUCGAGAGUAACUCGUUGUCUGGAUUGGGUAAAGUACAAGAGCUUGACUUAAGCCGCAACAAAUUACGGUAUUUUUCUACUGCAGUGUUUGGAAAUGGAAGUUUGCAAAUCACUAAACUGAAUUUAAGCCACAAUCAGAUCAAAUGCUUCUCAGCUGAUUCGCUUGCCCAGCUAGCAACGUUAAAAUCUGUAUCGUUAGAUGGAAACGAUUUCGUUUGUAAUUGUCAUAUUGUUGAUUUUGUUCAUUAUCUACGAAUGAAUGGUUCACGCUUCCUGAAUUCUGUUCUUUGUCAUGAACCGAUACAAUUACGCGGUCGCAUGAUGACGUCUCUUAAAAAAGAUGAACUGUUCUGCACUGAAACUAUGGAAAAUGUUUGUGUGGAAGAUGGUAAUUAUUGCCCAACUGGUUGCACGUGUCAUGAAACAGUAGUGCGUUGUUCGAAUAAAAAUCUUAAAAAAUUUCCGGCUGAUAUACCCGUUGAAACUACUGAACUAUUCCUGGACUCAAACGAUAUUGUCCUUAUACCUCCUGAAUUGAAUAAGCUGAAGCAUCUUGUCAAAUUAGAUCUAAGCCACAACCGGAUUGUUGCAAUUGAAAACGGUGCAUUUGCGAAUUUGACCAAAUUGUCAACUUUGAUACUUAGUUUCAACAAACUUGAAUGCCUAGAAGAAGAGGCAUUCACACAUUUGACUAGUUUACGCAUUCUUUCAUUGCACGGAAAUGAUAUUUCAGUUUUGCCGGAGUCAGCUUUUGCCAAUCUACAUAACAUUACACAUAUAGCUCUUGGAAGUAAUUCGUUGUAUUGCGAUUGUCAUAUUGCGUGGUUUAGCCGAUGGAUAAAAAGUCGUUUCAUUGAAGCUGGAAUUGCUCGCUGUGAACUUCCCUUGAAUUUCCGAAAUCAGUUGCUCUUAUCAGCCGAUGAACUACAGUUCAAGUGUGUUGAAAAAGUGCCAAAAAAUGUGUUGGUUAAAUGUGAUGCCUGUGUUGAUAACCCAUGCAAAAAUGGCGGUACAUGUCAAAAGAUGAAAGGAAGGACAUUUGCGUGUAAGUGCGUAGCCAGAUAUCACGGAAAAUAUUGUGAAAAUAAAAUCGAUGCGUGUUAUGGUGAGCCGUGUCUAAACAAUGCCACCUGCAAGAUACUUCAAGAUGGGCGUUUUAAAUGUCAUUGUGUGAAAGGUUUCGAAGGUGACCGUUGCGAGACAAAUAUUGAUGAUUGUGUAAAAAAUAAGUGUCAGAAUGGAGCAACCUGUAUUGAUUUGAUAAAUUCCUACGAAUGCAAAUGUCCAUCAAUGCACACAGGAAGUUUUUGUGAGGAAAAAGUGGAAUUUUGUUCGAAUAAAAUGAAUCCAUGCGCAAACAGAGGACUGUGCGUGCGACAAGCUGUUUCUUACAGAUGUGAUUGCUUGCCAGGUUUUACCGGUAUCAACUGUACGAUAAACAUUAAUGAUUGUACACAUAAUCUAUGCAAAAAUAAUGCAAUUUGCGUUGACGGUAUACAAUCAUAUAAAUGUGAAUGUAUCGACGGAUAUACGGGAAAACUUUGCGAAUUACCACCGGGUGUAUGCCAUGAAUUAGGAAAUGACGUGUUCUGUAAAUGUUCUGAAGGAUAUACUGGUAAGCGGUGUGAACAGUUGAGAGCUGCAGGAUAUGUUCAAAAUGAUUCGUUCGUCGCUUUGGAACCCUUCAUUGCUUCACCGAAUGGAAAUCUAACCUUCACAUUGAUUACUACUGCUAGCACCGGAGUCGUCGUAUAUUAUGGCGAUAAUGCACACUUAUCGGUCGAAUUAUACGACGGUCGUUUGAAAAUUUCAUUCUGUGUGGGCAAUUUUCCUGCAUCUCAUAUGUACAGCUAUGUUACUGUGCAUGAUGGACGUCCACAUCGGAUAGAAAUUUAUAUCAAAGGAAUAACGCUAACAUUAAAAAUUGAUAGUUAUGAACCACAGACUGUUGUAAACAGUGGCCCAAAAGAAACGUUCGUAUUAACAAGCAAGAAAUUCUUACAUAUUGGUGGCAUCCCGGCCUCUGUUGCUAUUAAAGCAAUUACCGCUUUUCAUUUAAAGCAAGCACAUAGCUUUAAAGGAUGCAUCUCCGAUUUUUAUGUUAAUGAUGUGUUAGUUGAUUUCGAUAAGGUGGAACAGAAGGAGAAGAUUUUAAAUGGAUGUGCCAAAAGUGUGGAUCUCUGUAGUGGUGUCCAGUGUUACAGCGGUACAUGCAUUACGAAUUCCUCGUUAUCCAGCGGUUACAUAUGUCAUUGUCCUCCUGGUUAUAGUGGCACGCAUUGUCAACGACGUGAAGUUUUUUGUGCCAAAGAGAAAUUUCGUUAUCAUUACUUGGACGGUAACUGCCGUUCGGCAGAACGAAUCAAAAAUGGUCGAUGUAAUGGGUGGUGUGGUAAUGACAAUAAACAGUGUUGUGCAGUCGUGAAAAGUAAGAGGCGCAGGUUGAAAAUGUACUGCAAAGAUGGUAGUACUACUUCGCAGGUUGUUCGCAUUGUACGAAAAUGUCAGUGUACUGCAGAAGCAGCAUGUCAUACUGCGUAG